AGCUGUGAAAACGAACAUUUGUUCUCACCUGCGGGAAAUUUGAACGCAUCCUGACAACGAUCGGGUCUCCUUCCUACACUUUAGCACGAUAUCAUGUCCUCGAUUUCCGAGCUCAUAGAGCAGUCAAUCCAUGUGGUUCCAGCUUUCGAUUUCGAGUGCGGAAGGACGCUGUACGAAGUGCCUAUUGCAUACAAGACAUGGGGCAAGCUGAACGAGUCGAGGGACAAUGUGAUGAUCAUAUGUCAUGCGUUUACUGGGAGCGCAGACGUCGAGGACUGGUGGGGUCCUUUGAUGGGUCGUGGCAAGGCAUUCGAUCCCAGCAAAUACUUCAUAUUCUGCGCAAACGUUACCGGGUCACCCUAUGGCUCUGCGUCACCGGUCACCACAAACCCGGAAACGGGCAAACCAUAUGGGCCCGAGUUUCCUCUCACCUCCAUUCGCGACGAUGUCAGACUGCACAAACUCGUCCUUGAUUCGCUCGGCGUUUCUUCCGUUGCCGUCGCGAUAGGCGGGUCCAUGGGUGGCAUGGCCGUUCUCGAAUGGCCGCUCUGUACCCAUCCCGGCUACAUCAAGCAUAUCAUCCCGAUCGCGACCUCAGCCCGGCACUCGGCGUGGUGCAUCUCCUGGGGCGAAGCCCAACGGCAGAGCAUCUACAGCGACCCGGGCUACGAUGACGGAUACUACAUCGCCCAGCCGGCUUCGGGUCUCGCCGCGGCGCGCAUGGCCGCACUCCUCACCUACCGCUCGCGCGACUCUUUCGAGAGCCGGUUCGGCCGCAAGCCGCAGAAGCUACCGGUCAACCGCGAGGCGGGGAUAAUCACGCCGCCCCUGUCCCCCGCCACGCCAGCGGACGAGGCGCUCGCGGCGCACAAUGAUGGGCUACGCAACCCCAAGCCGCGCACGCCUGCGCUCGGCGAGGGCCCGACAAGCCUGAACAGCACGGGCUCGCGCGCGGCGACGCCCUCAUCGUCCAAGCCGAUCUUCUCCGCGCAGUCGUACCUCCGGUACCAGGGCGACAAGUUCGUCGCGCGCUUCGACGCGAACUGCUACAUCGCGAUCACGCGCAAGAUGGACACGCACGACGUCGCGCGGGGUCGGUCGUCCGCCGAGGACGAGAACGUAGCGCUGGCCGAGGUGCUCGCGACGCUUCCGCCCCGGGCGCUCGUCAUCGGCAUCCAGACUGACGGAUUGUUCACCAUCAGCGAGCAGCGCGAGAUCGCGGCGCACAUUCCCGGCGCGGAGCUGGUGGUGAUCCAGUCCCCUGACGGCCAUGACGGGUUCUUGCUCGAGUUCGAGCAGAUCAACGGGCAUAUUCUCAGAUUCUUGAAGAGGGAGUUCCCGGGGCUAUACGCAUCUGGCGCGGAGACCGAAGAGCAGCCGGAAGAGGGCUUCGACAUAAAAAAGACGAGCGUGUUCGGGGAGGCUGAGGCAGAUAUCACGAGGUGGUGAAGGCACAGCGCGGUGCGAUUUGCUUAUCAUUAUUCGCUUUGGACAGUUCAUGUUGCUAUCCAAGGGACGUUCGUGCGAGGCGUAGAAACUACAUGGUGUACAAGGGAUACAUACACGUUCGGCGCAGUAAAACCUAGACAAAAUGUAAUUUUGAUGCGAAACGGCUCGCUAUGGCGGUGGUGCAGAGGCCAACCAUAAAUCCUAGCGUGAUGAGUGAUACAUCUCGUUCGAUGGCCGGGCGAGCCUUGGAUAGUUGGUUGUCCGCUUCGGCAUCGAGGUUGGCGAAGGCCUCCUUCGUGUCAAGCUUCCGCUUCGGCUCCUCGAUCGGGGCGUGCGUCACCGGCUGGGCGCUCUUAUAACAUUUGUCGAACGCGGGUAAGCCGUCCAUGCUCGCAAUGUUAUUAUCGUUCCAGUACGCCUUCAGCCCGUCCGCGCAGAUCGCUUCCAGCUCGCCAUCUUGGAGGCGGAUCGUCUUUGCGCCGUCCUUCUCCGCGACUCCGCCGCCAUCAAAAGCGAGGUCCUUAUUCUCCCGCUUGUAGGCGAAGUUGAGCAGCGCUGUGCGGUGUUUUUGGAAGGUGUAGAUCGGUACCGCGUAGCCACACGACGUGCCGACUUUGUGCACCCUGAUCUCGACGACGGCCCGUGAGCCGGGUGUGCGGGAGGAGAGGUCGAUCCGCCGGUUGUACUCGGACGUGCCGAAUUCGUGGACGACGGCGGUCCCGAAGAGGCGCAGGAUCAUAGCCGCGCCCUCGAAGGCGCUGAACAUGAUCGUAAUUCGGCCGUUCUCCCGGACGUGCGCAGCUGUCUCGCUUCCUGACCCAGUCAUAUCCUCAUACCACACUUCAUUGGGGCUUUCGACGUGGAAACAACCUUUCAAGCCCUUGGGCGAGACAUUGACAUGCCCAUGGGGAGAUAGUGGGGCCGUUGCGACCCAGAACAGCUCCUGUUUCCGGAUCCACGAUAUGAGAUGGUCGGGGAUGGCGUCGUAGAAUUUGCCCAUCUAAUGUAUAUGACUGGG